GCGAAGUGACGUCAUCGAGCCGGAGGUUGGGUGAUCCUCCAACGCGGCUCUUUCUGUAGUCACACGGGCCGGGAAGAAAAACAACCCAGGCCGGGACUUUGGAGCUAGGCGGUGUCCCCACCCAUCUGGCCGUGUCUGUAUACGUGUGUAUGCGUGUGUUCUGGCCGGUGCUCUUGUGAUUCGGGAACCGGGGGAAGAUGGCGGACCCGGCGGAGUGCACCAUUAAAGUUAUGUGCCGUUUCAGGCCAUUGAAUAGCUCGGAGGUGACGAGGGGGGACAAAUACAUAGCCAAAUUUCAAGGAGAGGAGAGCAUCGUGAUCGGGGGUAAACCGUACGUGUUUGACAGAGUUUUCCAGUCCAACACGACUCAGGAGCAAGUGUACACGGCCUGCGCUCAACAGAUUGUCAAAGAUGUACUUGGUGGCUAUAACGGAACCAUUUUUGCCUAUGGUCAGACAUCCUCGGGCAAAACACACACAAUGGAGGGAAAUCUUCAUGACACAGAUGGAAUGGGAAUCAUUCCCAGAAUAGUGCAGGACAUCUUUAACUACAUCUACUCUAUGGAUGAAAACCUGGAGUUCCACAUUAAAGUGUCAUAUUUUGAGAUUUAUCUGGAUAAGAUUCGGGAUCUGUUGGAUGUUUCAAAGACUAAUUUAUCUGUACAUGAAGACAAAAACAGGGUUCCUUAUGUCAAGGGCUGCACUGAGCGAUUUGUUUGCAGUCCAGAGGAGGUGAUGGACACUAUUGACGAGGGCAAAUCCAACAGACAUGUAGCUGUGACAAACAUGAAUGAACACAGCUCCAGGAGUCACAGUAUCUUCCUGAUCAAUGUGAAGCAGGAGAACACACAGACUGAACAGAAGCUGAGUGGAAAACUCUACCUGGUCGACUUGGCAGGCAGCGAGAAGGUCAGUAAAACAGGAGCUGAAGGCGCUGUACUAGAUGAAGCCAAAAAUAUCAACAAGUCUCUGUCAUCGCUGGGCAAUGUGAUAUCGGCCUUAGCCGAGGGCUCGACAUACGUUCCAUACAGAGACAGUAAAAUGACAAGGAUCUUGCAGGAUUCUCUGGGUGGAAACUGCAGGACCACCAUCGUCAUCUGCUGUUCUCCUUCCUCAUACAACGAGGCCGAGACCAAAUCCACCCUUAUGUUCGGACAGAGAGCCAAGACGAUUAAGAACACAGUGAGCUUGAAUGUAGAGCUGACAGCAGAGCAAUGGAAGAAGAAAUAUGAGAGAGAGAAAGAACGAAACAAGAGUUUUCGAAACACUAUCACAUGGCUGGAGAACGAACUCAACCGCUGGAGAAAUGGUCAGACACAUGAUUAUUAUAUGUAUUAUUAUAAUAUUGUGAUACAGUUUUGUUCUCUGUGCAUUCAAAACUUUGCACUGCUGUCUGAAACCACAUUUGAAAUGAUCUGUUUUGCAUUUUUGUAUCUUAAGUGAUCGAUAUGUUUCAUUGUACGUCAUAACUUUUCUUUAACAUUUUAUAAUAUUUUAAUUACCGUAUUUUUCGGACUAUAAG